UUUCGAAAUGCUGCAAGAAGAGAAUUGAAAGUGAAAAUACAAUCAACAAGACAUCCUGUCUGGCUAGCAGUGCGAUAAUGCAAAGUAGAUGAGAGCUGCGUAGAGAUUAUGAUGAGUCUCAUUAGCUCAGUAAGAAGACGUUACAAGAUUUUACAUGAGAUUUUGUAAGUGGAUGCCGUUCCCCUUCAGCAUUGCAGAGCGGUAAAGGAUUGUAUUAGGCAUCGUUUGUGACAGCUCUGAGACAUGGCAGCUGCAUCUAACCGUGUGUUUAAACUCAUCGGCCGCCGCCUGGAGAAGGCUCCACUGGGCAGUGUUGCUAUCCUGUACUGUUACCUGUCUCCUAAAGCCAGUGCUGUUGCCAUGGAGAUCAGGUGGUUUAAGGAGACGGACUGUGUUUGUCUCUAUAAGAACGGGCAGCUGACACAGGGGAGGGGCUACGAGGGCAGAGUAUGUCUGUUCACUCACGAGCUGGAGAGAGGAAACGUCUCCUUACUGCUCAGAGAGUGCAGAGAGUGCGACAUAGGACAUUACCUGUGUCAGGUCACCAAUGGAGACACAACAGAGGAGCUCACAGCAAGAGUAUGGUGGCGUCCACUUAAAAGCUUCUUUCGAUUUUUUAAGGGUGGAGUCAUCCCACAUGUCAACAUCGAGCAGUGGUGUAGAAAAUGGACAGAAGAGGAGAGACUGAAAAUGGAGGACUCUGCUUUGCUGUCUGAGUGUAAAACAGAUGUGAAGUGCCUUAAAAGGGAUCUUCAAGAGAAGCAGAGCUUGCUGGAGCUAACCGAAGAACAAUUAAGGAAUACGAAGCUGGAAUCGGAGAGAGCAGAGGAGGCACUGCAGAGCAAGAGCAGCCAGCUACAGAUGAUGGUGGUCAUACUGGAGCAACUGAAAACUGAGCUGGCUGAAAAGGCCAAACAGCUUGAAGAGAAGGAGAGACUUCUAAGUGAGAGAGACACACAGGUAAUGGAAAGAGACAAGCAGGUUGAGGAGAAAGACAGACUUCUAGAGGAGAGAAACAAGCAGCUGCAGGAGAGAACAGAUCCAGACUCAGCAGUAACAGUCAAGAGAAGAUGUAGCAAGGAGCUGGAGCUUCCACCAAAAAGUGAAGAUUCUCCAGAAUUAGAACUGAGUGAUAGCAUGGGUGCUCCACCACUGGUGGGUGUGGAAACCUCUUGUGCAGCCUCUCCAGAGUCACUUCCUCUAGCAGAGCUCAGGCUGGUGCUGCUGGGGAGGACUGGAUGUGGGAAGAGAGCAGCAGGAAACACCAUCCUGGGCAGAGAGGAGAGGAGCCAGGCUGGAGCGUCUACAGUGACGCAGCAGAGUGAGAGCAGACAGGGGGAGGUGGCUGGGAGGCAGGUGACUGUGGUGGACACUCCUGACUGGUUCUGUCCUGGACUCUCUCUGGAGGAGCUGAGACAGGACGUGGGACUCUGUGUCCGUCUGUCUGCCCCAGGACCCCACGCCUUCCUCCUAGUCAUGCCAGUGAAGCAGUCUACAGGAGAGGAGAGAGGCAUGCUGGAGAAAAUGGAGGAGAUUUUUGGAGAGAGAUGUUGGAGGAACACCAUGAUCCUUUUCACUGUUACUGAUGAAGUCCAAGAGAAGAACAUUGAGGAGUUUAUCCAGUCAGGAAACCAGGAGGUCCAGAGACUUGUAGAGAAAUGUGGGAACAGGUUUCACUGUCUCAGCAUUAAGGAGAGUGGAGAUGGUUCUCAAACCUCAGAGCUGCUGGAGAAGAUAGAGAAGAUGGUUGCAGGAAAUGAAGAGAGUUUCUACAGCAGCGAGAUCUACUCGGAGACAGAAUCUCAGAUUACAAAGCAAGAAGAAGAAAAGGAGAAAGCAAGGGAAGAAGAAGAAGAAGAAGAAGAAGAAGAAGAAGAAGAAGAAGUGAACGAGAUCUUAGAAAAGGUGGUGCAGGACUCUCUAAGAAAAAUAGAGCUAGUGAUCCAAGAGCAUGAAGAAGAUAUCAGAGAACUCAAUAAACAAACAGCUGAACUAGAGAGAAAGAUUAAAGAAGAAAAGGAUGUUAAACAAAAAAGAAACCUGGAAAGACAGCUGAAACAAGAUCUGCAGAAAAGGACUAAGAUGGAGAAUAUCAUUCACAGCCUGGAAGAAAUGAGAGAGAGGGAGAAAAGAGAGAUGGAGGACAGGCACAGUCAGAAGAUGGAGGAGACCAGGGAGACGUAUGAAGGAGAAGCCAAAAUGGAGGUAGAGAGAAAUCUCAUGAAGAUUAUCCUGCCUGAACUCAAGGGGAGCAUUUUGGCCUCAAACUCCAAGAUGCAGGAAGAGUUCAGCAGGCAGAUGGAGGAGAAGGACAGAGAGCUGGAGAAACUGAAACAAAGACUUUCAGAACUUGAAGAGGCUCAACAUCUGGAAAAGAAGCCCAAAGAAAGCGUGAGUCCAGAGGCAAGAUCAAGUGGCUGUUCUAAAAAAAGAACCGAUGUGAAAAAACUUUUACUAAGUGAAUAGCUAUGAAUGGAGUCAGCAUGUUACUGAAGAGCAGAUGUAUGUGUGGGUACCAACAGCAUGGUAUUGAAGUGCAUUGCAGUUGACAUGGCUGUGUAUUAAAAAUACAUGCAUCUAAUGUAACAAAUUCUUUUGUAUUUUCUUUAAAUGUGGCAUUCUAGUUUAACAACAUUUUUUGUCUACACUCUU